AGAGAAAAGAGAGAGAGAGCGCGCGCACGGGACUUUAUUCUGACACAAACACACACACACACACACGCACGUGUAUCUGGACAGUCGUGGAUAAAUCUGACCUCUGACCUCUGGAAUCAUGAAAUCUCCAAAACUUAAACCUCAAGCAAAGUUCGUAAACACCGAGGAUCUGAACGACGCUCUGUGCGAGUUUGACGCCGUGAUGGAAGAUUUCAAGUCGCCGGUGGAGAAACGUCACUUCAGGUACGACGAGCACCUGAAGACCAUGAAGAGGCGGAGCAGCGCUAGCGUGAGCGACAGCGGCAUCAGCGACUCUGAGAGUGCAGAGUCUCUGAACAGAAACAGCUUCAGCUUCAGUGAUGAACGGCUGAAUUCUCCCACUGUUUUCUCCCCGAUAUCAAACUCACCUCCUCUGAUGUCACCCAAACCCAAACUUGGAGACACUAAAGAUCUGGAGGACUUCAUCGCCGACCUGGACAGAACGUUAGAGAGCAUGUGACACAGAGGGCAGCCAUGACGGAGGGAGGGAUGUCUGCUCCACCCUCCCCUCCCCUCCCCACACACGCCCACACUGAAAACCACCCGCCAGGAUACAGCUGGACGCCACGGCAACUGCCAAGUGACUCCACCAUGACAUCAUCAUCAUCAUCAUCAUCAUCAUCGUCGUCCUCUGGAGCCGGCGUGUAAUCUGGCCUCCAGCCGCCAGCGCUGCCCGGACAUAAUCCCGUCACUGGAACACGAGUCCUCCCGCCACACGGGGCAGUACACGAGUAUUUAAAACAUAUGUAAAAGGUGGCUUUUUAUUAUUAUGAUGAUAAUAAUAAUAAUAACAAUGAUAAUAAUAGAAAUAGGACUAUAUUUGUAAUUUUAUAGAGCUUCUUAUUGUACAUUGCAAUUUUUUGUGAGCUAUAUUUUUGUAACUUGUGUAAAUAAUGAUUCUAACAGUCGGAUUAAAGAUUGACCCUCUGGAAUAAAGUUGAAACUUAAUCCAGA